UUUUAUUUUGACAGUUAUCUACUGCCGGCGGAAGUGAAUGUGUGUGUCAAAGCUAAACUUUCACUUUUUGUUUAAGUUUCAGGCAUAAUGGCAACGUUUUUCGGUGAAGUGUUAUCUGUAUAUUCUCGGGCUGUAGAUGAAGACGACGAGGACCUUGAUGAAAAUGAAGAAGAUGAGCAAAUCCGCAGAGAACUGGACGAAAAGAGGACUGUUCAGCUGCAGUGGAGCACUGAUGUCACAGAGUCACUGAGGAGUGGAAACAAGUUGCUGUGUUCAGACUUUGUCCUCGCCGUGGGACACAAUGCUGCCAGCUUUCUGUCAGCGUACGUUCUCGCCUCUGCAAAGUGGGACGCAGUUGGACGAGCGCUGGUGUGGAACGAGAGGAGCCGUGCUGCAACCGGGCAGACCAGCGAGGAGUCGGCAUGUGUUUUCUACCGACACAAGGACACCCCAGCAGUUUUGAUAUGCCAUGUGACUUGCUACGUCGCAGAAGAUCAACAGUUUCAGUGGACUGAAAAGGUGUUUGACUGCCUGCAGCCCAGGGAGCUGACUGUGACCGUGCUGUCAGAUGGCUCGGUGGCUGAUUACAAGACGGCAGACUAUCUGUGCAGCAGCUCUGCUCCCUUCCUGCGAGCUCUCCACACCAGUGCUUUCAGUGAUCAGCCUGUCUGCCAGUCACUGGAGCAGCCAAACAUAGUUACAGGACUUCCAGCUGCAGUACUGAACCACUGCCAGGUGCACCGCAUCGCUGCUGUUGUUUACCAGUGUUACAGUGAUGUCAUUGGUCCUGACUCUGUCACCAUGGAGACCUAUAAACCUACACUAACCAAGCUUGGCAAGUCUAUACAGGUAAACUCAUCUCCACAGACGGAUGCACUCCGCAAGUUUGUCAGAGCCACUGAAAUUCAGAGUAACCUUUAUAUUUGAUGUUUCCAUGUUGCUCUUGGUGCAAAACAACCAUAAAUUCCUGUAAUGAGACUUUGUAAAAACAACGAUUUUUCUAAAAUAUUUGUGUUUUGGCAGUUUAGAUGUAUGUCUUUAAAGUGUCUAUUAAAAGGUUCUCCAGAGA